CCAUUUCUCUGCACUCACCCCAUUCUCUCUCUCUCUCUCUCUCCCUCUCUCUCUCUCUCUCUCUGUCACUACGCGAUCUCUUAUGAUAAUCUGAAUUCACACACAAACACGCACUUGAAUUAUUACAGCGUAGGUUUUAAGCGUUUGGGCGUUAGGGAUUUGUUAAAAUCGAACGCCCAAAUUUUCUGAUAGAUUCUGCUGGAUAAGUGAGCUGUUGUUUUGCUCGUGGGAUGGGAGAAGCUGAGGAGUUGAAGUUAAGUUGUUUUGAUGAGUGUAUCUGCUGUUGAGAGCACGGCCUAUUGUUUUGAAAAUCUUCAGUUUCAGAAAAUAUGCCUUCAUGGUGGGGGAGGUCAUCAUCGAAAGAAGCCAAAAAGAAAACAACCAAAGAAAGUUUUAUUGACACACUACACAAGAAGUUUAAGAGUCCAGAAAGCAAAUCUUCCAGUAGACCAGGAGGUUCUAGAAGGCGUUCAAGUGACACAGUUUCAGAGAGAGGGUCUCAGUCACGAGCUGAGUCAAGGUCUCCAUCACCUUCCAAACAUGUAGCGCGAUGUCAAAGUUUUGCGGAAAGGCCCCAAGCCCAGCCACUUCCCCUGCCAGGCCUCCGCCCUGCCAAUGUCAGUCGUACUGAUUCUGGAAUAAGUGAAUCCGCAAAACCAAAACUAGAGAAGGUCUCCAAACCAUCAUUGUUUCUGCCUCUUCCGAGACCUGCAUGUAUCCGCCAAAGGCUGGAACCUGCUGACUUGGAUGGUGAAGUGGCUGUUGCUUCAAUCUCUAGUGAAUGUUCCAUUGAGAGCGAUGAUCCAGCUGAUUCACGUCAGCGUAGUCCUCUGGCCAACGACUAUGAUAUUGGCUGUAGGACUGCAGCAGGCAGUCCCUCGAGCAUUUCUUUUAAGGAACAGUCUCCUGUUGCUCCAGUAAUAUCAAGGGAGUCACCUGUUCCAGUGACCCUCUCCUCCAAUAAAAAUGUCUCCUCUUCGCCUCCUAGAAGACGUCCUUUGAAAGGUCUCGUGCCACAUUUACAGGUUCCACAUCAUGGUGCCUUCUGCAGUGCUCCGGAUAGCUCAAUGUCUAGUCCCUCUAGAAGUCCAAUGAGAGCAUGUGGUUAUGACCAAGUAACAAGUACCGCUUUUACUGCUGGGAAGCUUUAUCCAGACUUUCCCUUUCUUGGAUCUGGUCAAUGCUCCAGUCCAGGCUCAGGUCAGACUUCUGGCCACAAUUCAAUGGGAGGAGAUUUGUCUGGGCAACUGUUUUUGCAACCUAGUCGAGGUAGCCCGGAAUAUUCUCCAAAUCCUAGUCCUAGAAUGACAAGUCCAGGCCCUGGUUCAAGAAUUCAUAGUGGCGCUGUAACGCCACUUCAUCCUAGAGCUGGAGGUGGCCAUUCUGAAUCACAGAGUAAUUGGCCUGAUGACGCAAAACAACAAAGUCAUCGUCUGCCGCUUCCUCCGAUAACAAUUUCCAAUUCCUCACCCUUCUCUCAUCAGAAUUCAGCUGUGACAUCACCUUCACUGCCACGUAGUCCUGGAAGAGCAGAGAACCUUACAAGCCCAGGUUCACGUUGGAAAAAGGGGAAGUUGCUUGGUCGAGGCACAUUUGGACAUGUCUAUGUUGGUUUUAAUAGUGAAACUGGCGAAAUGUGUGCCAUGAAGGAGGUUACAUUAUUUGCUGAUGAUGCAAAGUCGAAGGAAAGCGCAAAGCAGUUGGGACAAGAGAUUGCGCUGUUGAGUCGCUUAAGGCAUCCUAAUAUUGUGCAGUACUAUGGAUCUGAAACGGUGGGUGAUAAAUUAUAUAUUUAUUUGGAAUAUGUAUCUGGUGGUUCCAUCCACAAGAUUCUACAAGAAUAUGGAAAACUAGGAGAAUCUGCUAUUCGCAGUUACACUCAACAAAUUUUAUCAGGGCUUGCAUAUUUACAUGCUAAAAAUACUGUGCACAGGGAUAUUAAAGGGGCCAAUAUACUUGUGGAUCCAAAUGGCCGCGUUAAGUUGGCAGACUUUGGGAUGGCAAAGCAUAUUACAGGGCAAUCUUGUCCAUUAUCUUUUAAGGGUAGUCCUUACUGGAUGGCACCUGAGGUUAUAAGGAAUUCAAAUGGUUGCAGUCUAGCUGUGGAUAUUUGGAGUCUUGGAUGCACUGUAUUAGAAAUGGCUACAUCAAAACCACCUUGGAGCCAGUAUGAAGGGGUUGCAGCUAUGUUCAAGAUUGGAAACAGUAAAGAACUUCCAACAAUUCCAGAUCACCUCUCAGAUGAAGGGAAAGAAUUUGUGAGGCUAUGCUUGCAGCGAAAUCCCCUGCAUCGUCCCACAGCUGCUCAGCUUUUGGAGCAUCCUUUUGUGAAAAAUGCUGCACCUUUGGAGAAACAAAUACCGAAUUCUUCACCCUCUUCAGAUCAUCCUGCAGUGACAAAUGCUGUCAAAUCCAUGGGCAUUGGUAAUGCAAGAAUUCUUCAGCAGCCGGAUACAGAGAGACUUGCGAUCCACUCUUCUAGAGUAUCAAAAUCAAAUUUUCAUUCCAGUGACAUUUACAUUCCAAGGAACAUAUCAUGUCCCGUCUCUCCAGUUGGGAGUCCUCUUCUGUAUCCAAGGUCACCACAGCACCUAAGUGGGAGAAUGUCUCCUUCACCUAUAUCCAGCCCCCGCACAACCUCUGGCUCAUCCACACCUCUAACUGGUGGUAUUGGGGCCAUCCCAUUUCAUAAUCAACCUAUGUUGUCACAAGACGGUUAUGGGAAUUUGCAAAUGCGUUCACCCAGUCCUUGUGUCAACAGCCCAUCUUACUGGGAUCCUGACAUCCUCCGAGGGGUGCAGUCUGGAUCUCAUGCUUUCCGGGAACUGACAUCCUAUGAUAAUGAUGCUCUUGGAAAGCAGUUUGUACGGGCUGCCAAUGGAGAACUAUAUGAUGGACAGUCAGUCUUGGCUGAUCGCGUGUCUCAGCAACUCCUCAGGGAUCCUGUGAAGCUGAAUCCAUCACUUGAUCUGUCUCCUUCAUCUCCACUGACAUGCAACCGCAUGACUGGAGUAUGACUUUGUUCUUUAUCAAAGAGAUCAUAAGGUGAAGCUGGUCAAUCCGUCACUGUUUUUCCACACUGUGCAACAUCGCCCGUCGUUUUAUUUGGGGAUGCUAAUAUGAACAGCAGAGAUCAAGAAGCUAAAACACCAUUGAAUAUGAUGACAUUGUUGACAUUGCUCGGCCAACAGCCUCCACUGGUCAAGAGCAUGCAUCGUUAAGCUGAGCUUCCUAACAUCAGAGUUCACUUUGCAAGAGCCACUGGACACAUCGGCCAGUAGAAAGUUAAAUGGUCUAGAUUAUUUGAACUGUGACUGACUUAAAGUCCGAUUAUAGCUUUGGAUUGUAUAGUCAUCGUUAAAUCUUUGCUCUGCAAAAAUGUAUAUUCACAUUAUUGCAUAGAAGGGAAGAAAGUGUAACCCUGGACAAUAAUAGCUGUAGAACUAUUUCUCUUACAGUAUGCAACUGCUGUACAGAAAUGGAGAAAAUGAAUCGAGAUUUAAUUUAUGUUGAGAAAUUGUAA